UAUUUUGAAGGUCACAGUCAGACCGGAUGUGUGAGUAGAGCUGUUGCUGUGCUAAAAGCUAACGACUGGAAGCUAGUAAACAUUGCUAAAGGGCAGCGGUGGGACUCAGAGCAGACUCGCACUCACCUUCUUCUCAUGCUGCUGCUCACCUGAACGAGCUUCUGGACGGUGCUCAUGCACGCGCACUGUCUCCAUGGCGACCGAGGACUUCUAUGAGGUGGAGCGCAUCAUUGAGAAGAGGCGGAAUAAGAAGGGCAACCUGGAAUACCUGGUCAGGUGGAGAGGUUAUGGUUCAGAGGAGGACACCUGGGAACCCGAGAGUCACCUGUCCACCUGUAUGAUUUACGUCCACGAGUUUGACCGUCAGUACGCUGAGCGACAGAGAGACGACAUGUUACUGAGAUCCACCCGCAGCUCGCCAAGUCUCCUCUGCAGUUCCACCCAGAGAUCAGCCUUCAGGUCUCCCCCCACCCUCACAACCCACAGUGACAUUAGUGCCGGUGUAAAGCAGGUCAAACCUGCCGUCAGCCUCACUUACCCGCCACUCGCUGGACUUACCCGUGCAGCAGCCGUCGGCUCUCAGCAGCCGGCCGACAAGUUCAGCCGCGGCCUGAUGUUGGCGUCUCCGGCCGGCUCCGCCCGCCGCAGCGUGGACUUGUCUAAGACUGGCAUUAAAAUCCUAGUUCCCAAGAGUCCCAUCAACAGCUGCCUGGACUCAGAGGAGUGUCCGAGCGAGGCUGGCGCUCAGGAGGCUCACCUGGUUCCACCAGAGGUCGCCCUGCUGGAGAAACCUGCAGGGGUGCAGCUUGGGCCUGGAGAGGAGAGGGCACGCAUGGGAACCCGGCCUCGCAGUCAGAACCCUCUGCCCCUGCCACGACUUCCUGUCUCACCUGCAACCAUGCAGUCGCUCAUCAGCACAGGUAACUCUGUGUUAAUGGAGGCUGUUUCAGCCAAUGGGAUGUCAGGUGUGAAGAGCGCCGCUGUUGCCGUGGGGAAACGCCGCCUGGAGGAACGCUGUGCUUUUGACAAGCGGCUGCGCUUCAGCGUCCGACAGACGGAGAGCGCUUAUCGUUACCGCGACAUCGUGGUGAAGAAACAAGAUGGUUUCACCCACAUUCUGCUUUCCACCAAGAGCUCAGAAAACAACACGCUCAACCCUGAGGUGAUGAAGGAGAUCCAGAGCGCCAUGGCAACGGCAGCGUCAGACGACAGUAAGCUGGUGUUACUUGGUGCCGUCGGCAGCGUCUUCUGCUGCGGUCUGGACUUCCUGUAUUUCAUCAGACGCCUGACGGAUGACAGGAAGAAGGAGAGCAUUAAGAUGGCUGAAACCAUCAGGACGUUCGUCAACACCUUCAUCCAGUUCAGGAAGCCGAUAGUGGCAGCAGUGAACGGACCAGCUCUGGGCCUUGGCGCGUCCCUCCUGCCGCUCUGUGACGUGGUUUGGGCCAAUGAGAAGGCGUGGUUUCAGACGCCGUACACGUCCUAUGGCCAGACGCCGGACGCUUGCUCCUCCUUCACCUUCCCCCGUGUCAUGGGCCUGGCAUCGGCUAACGAGCUGCUGCUGAGCGGCAGGAAGUUGACGGCUCAAGAGGCGUGUUCUAAAGGUUUGGUGUCUCAGGUUCUGUGGCCUGGAACCUUCACACAGGAAGUGAUGCUGAGAAUCAAAGAGCUGGUGAUGGUGGACUCAGUGGUUCUACGUGAGUCGAAAGCAUUGAUGAGGAACAUGAGCCGCGGCGCUCUGGAACAAGCUAAUGAGCGUGAGUGUGAGGCUUUGAAGAGAGUGUGGGGUUCUUCACAGGGAACAGAUGCCAUUUUACAACACCUGCACAGAGGAACCAUGACUCAGCACUUCUGACUCAGCAGAUUGUUUUGUUAUAAGUUAUAAGUCCUUCCUGUUCUCAUCACAGUGAGUUAGCUUAUCUUAGCAGAGAGACUGGAAACAGAGGGAAACGUGUAAUCUAUACUUUCACAACCAGAGGUCACUGUGUCACCAGUGUCUUGAUUGACACAUUAAGGACAUUUUAAAGGUACAGUACAUAAAAUUUGUAAAAACAUUGACCCUGAUUUAAAUAUUAAAGGCUCAUUCUGUAACAUUUUACACACUGGACCUUUAAAAACACAUUUGUUUACUCCCUUCCUGUCAAACAUAUCAGAAGCAGAGAAACCACGUGGUUUCUCUGGUUACGAGGUACCAGCUAGCAGCUAACACUUUCCCACUUCUUCUAGUCUUAAUGCUAGGUUAUGCUAGGCUCGGCAGGCCAAUCUAAGUGUCCUUCAUAAUGACAGACAGCGCCUCCAUUAGGUCAAACUGUUGCCUCUUACGUUUUCCCGGAAUUCCUUCUGAUGAAUUUCUAUGACUGUGGAAUAAACUUGUGAAGAAAGA